AUGCCCGACUUAACCUCAGCUGGUCCAUUGUUGGCAGCUGUGUGUUACUAUGGAACAGUGUUGGGUACCGCUGAACUGUCUCGACGUAUACUUGACAGAACGAUCGCGAAAAAGUCAUCUUUUCAUCGAUUUCUCAUAGAAGUGAUUGGAACGGCACAAAUUUGCACUUGUGUCUUUGAGAAUGCUGUCAUAAUACAACACUACGGCGUGUCAUCGUUUUUUAUCGUCACAUCAGUGCUUGGAUUCAUUUUCAGUUCAACUGGACGAGGUAGCUAUGGCACACCGCUAUCGCCAAUCGAAUUGCUCUACUAUGGCGAAAUGAGGUUAUUGUUUGUCAAUGAGGGUUUUUGGUUUAUGUAA